AUGGAUGAUUCAAAGCUUAGGUCAAUUGAGAUUUUGAAUGUUUCGGAGUCUUCAAUGAGUAUGAAUGAAUUUGACUUACAAGUUCCAACCUACUUAGGUUUGAAAGGGGAAAGAUUGAAUUUUGCUAUUACUUCAAUUUGUAGUGUUGGAUUCUUGUUAUUUGGGUAUGACCAAGGACUAAUGGGGUCUUUACUUACUCAACCUGGUUUCUGUGAAACAUUUCCUAUUAUCGAUCCUGGUACCAAUGCAACGAAUUCUAUAUUACAAGGGCUCACCGUGGCAUCCUAUGGAAUAGGUUGUGUGGUAUCUUCAUUAUCAACUAUUUACUUGGGAGAUAAACUAGGAAGAGUGAAAUUAAUGUUCCUAGGGGUUAUAAUUAUAAUUAUUGGUGGUAUUUUGCAAUCAACAGCAGUGGAGUCAAUUACCUUCCUAAUCAUAGCCAGAUUCAUUACUGGGUUAGGCAAUGGUUUAAAUACUGCAACUGUUCCACUUUAUCAAUCUGAAACUUCUAAAGCUCAUAAUCGAGGGAUGCUAAUAUGUUAUGAAGGAGGUUUCAUUGCACUAGGGGUUUGUUUCGGUUAUUGGAUUGAUUUUGCUUUUUAUUUCAGCAAAAACCAAACUUCUUGGAGAAUUCCAAUUGCAUUCCAAUGUAUAUUCCCAUUAAUGAUGUGUCCAUAUAUUUUAAAAUUGCCUGAAUCACCAAGAUUAUUAAUGAGAAGGGGAAACUUCCAUGAAGCAAGAAGAGUAUUUGCCGCUUUAUACCAAGUACCAAUAAAUGAUCAAAUAGUUGAUGAGCAGAUUCGUGACAUUGAAGAAGCAUUAGAAUUUGAAAAUAAAACAUCAGGUAAUUCCUUCUUCUCUCAAGGCGAAACAAAGAAUUUUCAAAGAACUUGUCUUGCAUUAUUCUGUCAAUUCAUGCAGCAGAUAUGUGGAAUACAUUUAACCACUUAUUAUGCUGGAACAUUUCUUGAAACCCAUCUAGGAUUAAGUCCAUUAAUUUCAAGAGUCAUUUCCGGUUUUAACGGUACCGAAUAUUUUUUUGCACUGGUGGCCACCAUUUUAUUGGUUGAAAAGAUCGGGAGAAGACCCUUAUUUAUUGGUGGGGUACUAGGCCAAGCAGCAGUAAUGGCUUCAAUCAGCGUGACAAUGCAUUUAACAAACUAUGAGAAUAGUUUGAUAAAGGCAUACGCACUAGCAUUUCUACUAUUCAUUUUCAAUACUUGUUAUGGUCUUUCCUUACUUUCAUUAUGCUGGCUCUAUCCACCAGAAAUAAGCCCCUUAAAUUGCAGAGCUGGCAUCACGGGGCUUUCAACUGCGGUUAAUUGGCUAACCAGUGCUAUGGUUGCGGUGAGUGUGCCUAUAAUGUUUGAAAGAUUCCAGUAUUAUUAUACGUUUGCAAUCUUUGCCGCGAUUAAUUUCUUAAUGAUCCCGGUACUUUACGUUCUAUACCCAGAAACCAAGGGAAGAAGCUUGGAGGAAAUGGACAUCAUCUUUGCCAUGACCUCCAGGUGGCAACCGUGGGAAGCAGUUAGUAUUGCGGGCGCACUCCCGAAGAUCCACGCUGGAGAUUUUGAUGAUAUCGAGUCCCAACUCAGCGAGUAG